UUCUCGCAGAGGCUGCGCGGCUCCCGCCCCCUCGCCCUCUCCUCCGGUCCCCCUCCACCCCAGGCCGCUCUGGCCCGGGAGUCCUCAGGUCUCUCUGAUCUUGCCCAUCCGGCUCCGGAGGGAGGCUUGGGUGGGUAAGCAGAAGAGUAAACCCAAGGGAUCCGGGCCGGGACCCUGAAGGCAGGCUCCGCCCCUGGCACCGGCUUGCGCCCCGCCCCCGCCUGGAGGGGUCGCCCCGGGAGUCCCGGCCCGCACCCGCUAUGGAGGACCCUGCUGCGCUGUAGAGCACGUCGCUCCUGGGGACUGCCUUUACGGUCUGUUUUGGCCUUGCAGUAGCCUGAGUCUAAUUGUUGGGCACCGUUUAUGGGGUCGACCCCCUAUGGGGGCUCGUGUCUAUAGGGGACCCCUACGGUCCCUAGUGGUCGGCCCUAUCCACAACGACUCGGUGUCCAGGGCCUUCCAUGGAUCUAUAGGGCUCGCCCCUCGGCUUCAAGAACCCAUCAACAGAGGCUCUUUCCUUGGCCCAGACUGCGUCGUUGGUACACCACUGGACUACAAGGCCAUGCUACACAUGCUAUAAAGAUUGCAUCCUCAGGGCCUCACUCCCGUAGAGGGUCCUCUCCAGGUCUUCACGGCCCUCCCGUCUCUUAGGGUCUGGGCGGGAGGCGGCGAUGGCCUUGGGCGGAGCUCUGGCCGUGGCCCUGGCACUGGCCUUGGCAGUGCUGGAGCCCCUGUCCCUCAGGGUCCUGGCGGGUGAUUGCAAGGGGCAGCGACAGGUGCUACGGGAGGCGCCAGGCUUCGUGACGGAUGGUGCGGGCAACUACAGCGUAAAUGGCAACUGCGAGUGGCUUAUCGAGGCCCCGAGCCCUCAGCAUCGAAUCCUGCUGGACUUCCUUUUCCUGGACACGGAGUGUACUUAUGACUACCUGUUUGUGUAUGAUGGUGACUCACCCCAAGGCCCACUGCUUGCUAGUCUGAGUGGGAGCACCCGGCCCCCACCCAUUGAGGCUUCCUCAGGCAAGAUGUUGCUCCACCUUUUCAGCGAUGCCAACUAUAACCUGCUGGGUUUCAACGCCUCCUUCCGUUUCUCUCUGUGUCCUGGGGGCUGCCGGAACCAUGGUCAGUGCAAGUCACCUGGAGUGUGUGUCUGUGAGCCAGGCUGGGGAGGUCCGGACUGUGGCCUGCAGGAAUGCUCAGCCUACUGUGGCAGCCACGGCACCUGUGCCUCGACCCUGGGACCAUGCCGCUGUGAGCCUGGAUUCCUUGGACGAGCCUGUGACCUGCACUUGUGGGAGAACCAGGGGGCUGGCUGGUGGCACAAUGUGAGUGCUGGGGACCCUGCCUUCUCUGCGCGAAUUGGGGCAGCCGGUGCCUUCCUGUCCCCACCUGGGCUGCUGGCUGUCUUUGGAGGCCAGGACCUUAAUAAGGCCCUGGGCGACCUUGUCCUGUACAACUUCUCCACAAACACCUGGGAGUCCUGGGACCUGAGUCCUGCUCCGGCUGCCCGGCACUCCCAUGUAGCCGUGGCCUGGGCUGGCUUCCUGGUGCUGAUGGGUGGUGAGCUGGCUAAUGGCUUGCUCACCAAUGAUGUGUGGGCCUUCAGCCCCUUGGGUGGAGGCCACUGGGAGCUUCUGGCUCCACCUGCUUCCAGUCCCUCUGGGCCCCCAGGCCUGGCCGGCCAUGCAGCUGCUCUGGUGGACGACAUCUGGCUGUAUGUGUCUGGUGGCCGCACUCAGCAUGACCUCUUCUCUUCUGGCCUCUUCCGUUUUCGCCUGGACCACACCAGCAGGGGCUACUGGGAGCAGGUGAUCCCGGCAGGUGGGCGGCCCCCUGCUGCCACUGGCCACUCUAUGGUAUUCCAUGCCUCGUCCCGUACCCUGCUGGUUCAUGGUGGACACCGACCUUCCACUGCCCGGUUUUCUGUGCGGGUGAACUCCACUGAGCUCUUCCAUGUGGAUCGGCGUGUGUGGACCACGCUGAAGGGCCGGGAUGGGCUCCAGGGUCCACGGGAGAGAGCCUUCCACACAGCCAGUGUUCUGGGAAACUACAUGGUGGUCUACGGGGGCAAUGUGCACACCCAUUACCAGGAGGAAAAGUGCUAUGAAGAUGGCAUCUUCUUUUACCACCUUGGUUGCCACCAGUGGGUGUCAGGGGCUGAGCUUGCCCCACCAGGAACCCCUGAGGGCCGAGCAGCACCUCCUAGUGGCCGUUACUCACAUGUGGCAGCUGUGCUUGGCGGCAGUGUCCUGCUGGUGGCUGGGGGAUAUAGUGGCCGGCCUCGUGGGGACUUGAUGGCCUACAAGGUGCCCCCCUUCGUGUUUCAGGCACCUGCUUUGGAUUACCACUUGGACUAUUGUUCCAUGUACACAGACCAUAGCGUCUGCUCCCGAGACCCGGAAUGUAGCUGGUGUCAGGGGGCUUGCCAAGCAGCCCCUCCUCCCGGGACCUCCUCAGGAGCGUGUCCAGCGGCCAGCUGCCUAGGCCUAGGCCGCCUCCUAAGUGACUGCCAAGCAUGUCUAGCCUUCAGUAGCCCAACAGCUCCUCCCCGGGGACCCGGGGCCCUAGGUUGGUGUGUGCACAAUGAGAGCUGCCUUCCUAGGCCUGAGCAGGCCCGCUGCCGAGGGGAGCAGAUCUCAGGCACCGUGGGCUGGUGGGGACCAGCGCCUGUCUUCGUUACUUCCCUGGAGGCCUGUGUCACCCAGAGCUUCCUGCCUGGCCUGCACCUGCUCACCUUCCAGCAGCCCCCCAACGCCUCUCAGCCUGACAAGGUCUCCAUUGUCCGAAGUACAACUAUCACCUUGACACCCAGCCCGGAGACAGAUGUGUCCUUGGUCUACCGAGGUUUCAUCCACCCUCUGCUGCCAGGAGGGCCAGGAGGCCCUGGGGCUGAGGAUGUGGCUGUGUGGGCUCGGGCCCAACGCCUCCAUGUCCUGGCCCGGAUGGCCAAAGGCCCAGACACUGAGAACAUGGAGGAGGUGGGGCGCUGGGUGGCUCAACAAGAGAAGGAGACACGGCGUCUGCAGCGCCCUGGCUCUGCUCGCCUCUUCCCACUGCCUGGGCGAGGCCACAAGUAUGCUGUGGAGAUCCGAGGCCAGCUCAAUGGCUCGGCAGGCCCUGGGCACAGCGAGCUCACUCUUCUGUGGGACCGGACUGGAGUGCCAGGAGGCAGCGAGAUCUCCUUCUUCUUCCUGGAGCCCUACCGCUCUUCGGCCUGCACCUCCUACUCCUCCUGUCUAGGCUGCCUGGCUGAUCAGGGCUGUGGCUGGUGCCUCAACAGUGCCACCUGUCACCUGCGCCAGGGAGGGGCCCACUGUGAGGAUGACGGGACUGGCGAGUCCCUGCUGGUGCUGGUACCUGCCCUCUGUCCACUGUGUGAGGAGCAUCGAGACUGCCAUGCUUGCACCCAGGACCCCUUCUGUGAGUGGCAUCAGAGCACCAGCCGCAAAGGGGAUGCAGCAUGCAGCCGGCGAGGCCGCGGUCGAGGUGCUCUGAAGAAUCCAGAGGAAUGCCCCCCACUCUGUAGCCAACGCCUGACCUGUGAGGACUGCCUGGCCAACUCUAGCCAGUGUGCCUGGUGCCAGUCCACGCACACCUGCUUCCUGUUUGCUGCCUACCUGGCCCGGUACCCACAUGGGGGCUGCCGUGGCUGGGACGACAGUGUGCAUUCAGAGCCACGGUGCAGGAGCUGCGGGGGCUUCCUGACAUGUCACGAGUGUCUGCAGAGCCACGAAUGUGGUUGGUGUGGCAACGAAGACAACCCCACUCUGGGACGGUGCCUACAAGGGGACUUCUCUGGACCGCUGGGUGGGGGGAACUGCUCCUUGUGGGUGGGAGAAGGCCUGGGACUGCCUGUGGCUCUCCCUGCCCGCUGGGCUUAUGCCCGCUGUCCAGAUGUGGAUGAAUGCCGCCUGGGCCUAGCGAGGUGUCACCCACGGGCGACCUGCCUGAACACGCCUCUCAGCUAUGAGUGUCACUGCCAGCGUGGAUACCAAGGCGAUGGCAUCACACACUGUAACCGCACGUGCCUGGAAGACUGUGGCCAUGGUGUGUGUAGCGGUCCCCCAGACUUCACUUGUAUGUGUGACCUCGGUUGGACCUCUGAUCUGCCCCCACCCACACCUGCCCCAGGACCCCCUGCCCCACGUUGUUCUCGAGACUGUGGCUGCAACUUCCACAGCCACUGCCGUAGGCGGGGACCUGGCUUUUGUGAUGAGUGCCAGGAUUGGACAUGGGGGGAGCAUUGUGAGCGGUGCCGGCCUGGCAGUUUUGGCAAUGCAACGGGCUCUGGUGGCUGCCGACCCUGCCAGUGUAACGGGCAUGGAGACCCACGCCGUGGCCACUGUGAUAACCUCACUGGUCUCUGCUUCUGCCAGGACCAUACUGAGGGGGCCCAUUGUCAGAUCUGCUCUCCAGGCUACUAUGGGGACCCCCGAGCUGGCGGAUCCUGCUUCCGGGAGUGUGGGGGUCGUGCCCUCCUCACCAAUGUGUCCUCAGUGGCUCUGGGCUCCCGCCGCUUUGGGGGACUGCUGCCUUCAGGUGGUGGGGCAGCAAGAGCUGGACCUGGCCUCUCCUACUGUGUGUGGGUUGUCUCGGCCACGGAAGUGCUACAGCCCUGUGCUCCUGGGACCCUCUGUCCCCCGCUCACUCUAACCUUCUCUCCAGACAGCAGCACCCCCUGCACUCUGAGCUACGUCCUGGCCUUUGAUGGCUUCCCACGCUUCCUGGACACUGGUGUCGUGCAGUCAGACCGGAGCCUCAUCGCUGCCUUCUGUGGCCAGCGGCGGGACAGACCCCUCACGGUGCAAGCUUUGUCUGGGCUACUUGUGUUGCACUGGGAGGCCAAUGGCUCCUCGUCCUGGGGCUUCAACGCUUCUGUGGGCUCGGCCCGAUGUGGAUCAGGUGGUCCUGGCAGCUGCCCUGUUCCUCAGGAAUGUGUGCCCCAGGAUGAGACUGCAGGUGCUGGGCUCUGCCGCUGUCCUCAGGGCUGGGCUGGCCCUCACUGCCGCAUGGCCCUGUGUCCUGAGAACUGCAAUGCCCACACCGGGGCAGGAAUCUGUAACCAGAGCCUAGGCGUAUGCAUCUGUGCUGAGGGCUUUGGGGGCCCAGACUGUGCCACGAAGCUGGAUGGUGGGCAGUUGGUCUGGGAGACGCUCAUGGACAGCCGCCUCUCAGCUGACACUGCUAGCCGCUUCCUCCACCGCCUGGGACACACUAUGGUAGAGGGACCUGAUGCCACCUUGUGGAUGUUUGGGGGCCUGGGUCUGCCCCAGGGCCUGCUGGGAAACCUGUACAGGUAUUCAGUCAGUGAGCGCAGGUGGACACAGAUGCUGGCAGGAGCUGAGGACGGGGGCCCAGGCCCGUCACCCCGCUCCUUCCAUGCAGCUGCCUACGUGCCUGCUGGCCGUGGUGCCAUGUAUCUGCUGGGGGGCCUCACAGCUGGGGGUGUUACCCGUGACUUCUGGGUCCUUAACCUCACUACCCUGCAGUGGAGACAGGAGAAGUCCCCUCAGAGCAUGGAAUUGCCAGCUGUUGCUGGUCACACCCUCACCGCCCGUCGAGGCCUGUCUCUGCUCUUGGUGGGUGGCUACUCUCCCGAAAAUGGCUUCAACCAGCAGUUGUUGGAGUACCAGCUGGCAACUGGCACCUGGGUAUCUGGAGCCCAGAGUGGGACACCCCCAACAGGUCUCUAUGGUCAUUCUGCAGUCUACCACGAGGCCACUGACUCCCUCUAUGUGUUUGGAGGUUUCCGCUUCCAUGUGGAGCUGGCAGCGCCUUCCCCGGAGCUCUACUCUCUGCAUUGCCCUGACCGCACCUGGAGCUUGCUCGCACCUUCGCAGGGGGCAAAGCCCCGUCCCCGGCUUUUCCAUGCUUCAGCUCUGUUAGGAGACACCAUGGUGGUCCUUGGGGGGCGCUCAGACCCUGAUGAAUUCAGCAGUGAUGUUCUGCUCUACCAGGUCAACUGCAACACCUGGCUCCUGCCUGACCUCACACGUCCAGCCUUUGUGGGAUCCCCGAUGGAGGAGUCGGUGGCCCAUGCAGUAGCCGCAGUGGGUAGCCGCCUAUACAUCUCUGGAGGAUUUGGGGGCGUGGCCUUGGGUCGCCUGCUGGCAUUGACCUUGCCCCCUGACCCCUGCCGUCUAUUGCCUUCACCUGAAGCUUGUAACCAGUCUGGGGCCUGUAGCUGGUGCCAUGGUGCUUGCCUCUCUGGGGACCAGGCACACAGGUUGGGCUGUGGGGUGCCUCCUUGUUCCCCAAUGCCUCGCUCGCCUGAGGAAUGUCGGAGGCUGCGGACCUGCAGCGAGUGCCUGGCCCGCCAUCCUCGGACCCUGCAGCCUGGAGAUGGAGAGGCAUCCACUCCUCGCUGUAAGUGGUGCACCAACUGCCCAGAGGGUGCCUGCAUUGGACGUAAUGGGUCCUGCACCUCAGAGAAUGACUGCCGAAUCAACCAGCGAGAGGUCUUCUGGGCGGGGAACUGCUCGGAGGCUGCGUGCGGGGCCGCUGACUGUGAGCAGUGCACACGGGAAGGCAAGUGCAUGUGGACACGGCAGUUCAAGAGGACAGGGGAGACUCGCCGUAUCCUGUCGGUGCAGCCCACUUAUGACUGGACUUGCUUCAGCCAUUCUCUGCUGAAUGUGUCUCCUAUGCCAGUGGAGUCCUCGCCCCCGCUGCCCUGCCCCACCCCCUGUCACCUCCUCCCCAACUGCACGUCCUGCCUGGCCUCCAAGGGUGCAGAUGGGGGCUGGCAGCACUGUGUGUGGAGCAGCAGCCUCCAGCAGUGUCUGAGCCCCUCCUACCUGCCCUUGCGAUGUAUGGCUGGAGGCUGUGGGCGACUGCUUAGGGGGCCAGAGAGCUGCUCACUGGGCUGUGCUCAGGCUACGCAAUGUGCCCUGUGCCUGCGACGACCCCACUGUGGCUGGUGUGCCUGGGGUGGCCAGGAUGGAGGUGGCCACUGCAUGGAAGGUGGCCUCAGUGGUCCCCGAGAUGGGCUAACAUGCGGACGUCCUGGGGCGUCCUGGGCCUUCCUGUCCUGCCCCCCGGAGGAUGAAUGUGCAAACGGGCAUCAUGACUGCAAUGAGACUCAGAACUGCCACGACCAGCCCCACGGCUACGAGUGCAGCUGCAAGACAGGCUACACCAUGGACAAUGUGACUGGCUUAUGCCGCCCCGUGUGUGCCCAGGGCUGUGUAAAUGGCUCCUGUGUAGAACCCGAUCACUGCCAGUGUCACUUCGGCUUUGUCGGCCGCAACUGCUCUACAGAGUGUCGCUGCAACCGCCACAGCGAGUGUGCAGGCGUAGGGGCCCAGGACCACUGCCUGCUGUGCCGGAAUCACACCAAGGGUAGCCACUGUGAGCAGUGUCUCCCACUGUUUGUGGGUUCAGCUUUGGGGGGCGGGACCUGCCGGCCCUGCCAUGCCUUCUGUCGAGGGAACAGCCAUGUAUGCGUCUCCAGGAAAGAGCUAGAAAUGGCCAGAAGGGAGCCAGAGAAGUACUCCCUGGAUCCAGAGGAGAUUGAAAACUGGGUGACAGAAGGUCCGAGCGAAGAUGACGCCGUGUGUGUGAACUGCCAGAACAGCAGCUAUGGGGACAAAUGUGAGAGCUGCCUGCACGGCUACUUCCUCCUGGACGGGAAAUGCACCAAAUGCCAGUGUAAUGGCCACGCCGACACCUGUAAUGAGCAGGACGGGACAGGCUGCCCAUGUCAGAACAACACAGAGACGGGCACCUGCCAGGGCAGCUCUCCCAGUGACCGCCGAGACUGCUACAAGUACCAGUGUGCCAAGUGCCGGGAGUCAUUCCACGGGAGCCCUCUAGGGGGCCAGCAGUGUUACCGGCUCAUCUCAGUGGAACAGGAGUGCUGCCUGGACCCUACUUCCCAGACCAACUGCUUCCACGAGCCCAAACGCCGGGCCCUGGGUCCUGGACGCACGGUGCUUUUUGGCGUGCAGCCCAAGUUCACCAACGUGGACAUUCGCCUGACACUAGAUGUGACCUUCGGUGCUGUGGACCUCUACGUCUCCACUUCCUACGACACCUUUGUGGUCCGAGUGGCCCCUGAUACGGGUGUCCACACUGUGCAUAUCCAGCCGCCUCCCCCUCCCCCCCCUCCCCCCCCUCCUGCUGAUGGUGGACCCCGGGUGGCCGGGGACCUAGGAGGACUAGGGACUGGAAGUGGUCCAGGCACUCCAGUGGAGCCACGAGUCCGGGAGGUGUGGCCCCGGGGCCUGAUUACCUAUGUGACAGUGACUGAGCCGUCGGCAGUGCUGGUGGUCCGCAGUGUGCGGGACAGGCUGGUGAUCACCUAUCCCCAUGAGCACCAUGCCCUCAAAUCAAGCCGCUUCUACCUGCUGCUGCUGGGCGUGGGAGAUCCCAGUGGGCCCGGUGCCAAUGGCUCGGCGGACUCACAGGGCCUGCUCUUCUUCCGGCAAGACCAGGCCCACAUUGACCUGUUCGUCUUCUUCUCUGUCUUCUUCUCUUGCUUUUUUCUUUUCCUCUCACUCUGUGUUCUCCUCUGGAAGGCCAAGCAGGCCCUGGACCAGCGACAAGAGCAGCGCCGGCACCUGCAGGAGAUGACCAAGAUGGCCAGCCGCCCCUUUGCCAAGGUCACUGUCUGCUUCCCUCCAGAGCCUACCGGCCCAGCCCCUCCUUGGAAGCCGGCUGGGCUCCCACCUCCUGCCUUCCGUCGCUCUGAGCCUUUCCUAGCACCUCUAUUGCUGACAGGAGCUGGGGGGCCCUGGGGACCCAUGGGAGGGGGGUGCUGCCCACCAGGCCUCCCUGCCACCACAGCUGGCCUACGAGCUGGACCCAUCACCCUUGAACCCACAGAAGAUGGCAUGGCUGGUGUGGCCACUCUGCUGCUUCAGCUGCCCGGGGGGCCUCAUGCUCCCAAUGGGGCCUGUCUUGGGUCAGCCCUCGUCACGCUGCGGCAUAGGCUGCAUGAGUACUGUGGGGGCAGUGGGGCUGCUGGAGGUAGUGGGCAUGGGGGUGGUGGUGGCCGAAAGGGACUGUUGAGCCAGGACAAUCUCACUAGCAUGUCCCUCUGACCGGUCAAGAGUCCUCAUCCACUUGCUGACUUUGGACAGUCCUCAGAAACCACUGGCUCCCUUCCCCAGGUUCCCCCUUUGUUCUGCAUUUAGCAACUAUUUAUUGAGCUGCUACUCUGUGCCUAGUUCAAUUGUAGGCACAGAGCAAAGCAAGAGGCUAGAGGAACGUCCCUGGAUUGAUGGGACUUGGGGUCUUGGAAGGAGACACACACAUGCACACACACACGCACAUACAUGCACACAGGCACACGCACAUACAUGCACACAGGCACACACACAUACACUGGUUCAGAGAAACGUCUUGACAUUAGCAAGGUCUAACACUAAGGGAUUGUGGAUAAAAAUUAGGUGUUUGGAGAAACUAGGCUGGGAAAGGUGGCAGAGUGAGGGAAGUUCUUUGGGAAUGAUUCAGAGUUAAAGAAGCUGUAAGGCUUCUGGAGGCCCCGAGGCUGGAACCAGUUUGUUAGAAGAACCAGAAACCUGGCCACUGCAACCCAAAUCAGGUGUAAGAUGAGGCUGGGGACAGGCAGGACCUGGGGUUGUAUUCUUGGGAAGCUGUUGGGCAGUUCUGUGGUGGGGAACGAGGAGUCAUGCCUGUUCAAGAAGAGGGGGCUGGAGGGGACUGGAGAGGCUGCAGGUGGGUAGCAGUGGCAGGAGGAGGGUGAGUCAGGAUCAGAUGCAGGAGGAGUGACAGGAUGUGACAGUGUGCAGAUGUUAGGGAGAGGAAGGGGACACAUCCAGAUGGCCACUUCAUGGCCUAGGCAUGGCCAGGGUGGAGUGAGGCCAUUACUAAGAAGGGGCAGGCUGGGGCUUGUGGGAAAAACAGCAGAGUCCGGUUUGGGCUUGAGUCAGGUCUGACUGGGGACUCACCCAGAAAGCGCUUUGAGUGUUUCUACAGGAGGGAUCCAGGGUCGUGAGUUGUGGUGCUGGCAAAAGCCGGCAGCUACUGAGAAGACACAGGACAGUGUCUUGUGUAUAGGAAUAGGAACCAUGAGCUGCUGUGCCUUCCCUGGGCUGGAGGGACAGAGUUCAGUGGUGACUGAGACCAGGGUCACCAGCUGAAGCUGCGAAUUCAGGCUUGUUUGAAGGGAGCCUCAGAGGAAAGUCCUUUGCCCGAGAUGCCUCACAACCUGCUCUAGCAAGUGUAGGGUGACAGUGGGGGUUGGGGGAUCCUGGGGGGGCCACCCCACCCGGACUUCCUUUUUGGAUGGAGAUGCUCUUCUAACCCUUGAGGACUCCCUUCCCCCAUCCUAGGCAGCUCCCUGAGCUUGGGACUCUUGCUUUCCUAAGACUUGGACUUCCACAUGCUGUUUUGGUCCUGGGGUGGGUUACUCCAGUCUGAGAGGCCAUUCUGCUGUGUGCGUGUCAGAGGGCAGGGACCACAUCGCAUCCACAGGAGAGCAGCUGGAGCAGCAAAUAAAGCGUGGGGAAGAUGCAGGUGUCUUGGGUGCCUCUUGUGUGCACGGGAGGGAGGGCUGAGCUCCGGGUGAGUGGCGCAGGUGUCCUUGUCCUGGUUCCACCUCAGAGUCAUGUGUCCUGAGACUGGCUUUGGCAUUGGAAGUAUACCACAAAGGGAUCUCUUGCUCCCCAGAAGAGAGGCUAGGAGACAAUGGGCAGGGACGUCUUUGACCCUUUCUUUGUCCCUGCCAGAGUUUAACUCAGGGAGAAACAGACAGCCUGUGUCCAGGCAUUGGCAUUAGACAAGAAAAGCUGGGGUACAGAACACACAAACCAUUCUGUUUCAUCUGAGGAGCUGAGAUGGAGAGCUGGUAGAGCUGGGAGGGCACUCGGCAGUGUGGUAGCUGGGCACACAUGGGCACGCUUUGACGCACUCGGCAGUGUGGUAACUGGGCACACAUGGGCAUGCUCUGACACACUCGGCAGUGUGGUAGCUGAGCACACAUGGGCAUGCUCUGACACACUCGGCAGUGGGGUAGCUGAGCACACAUGGGCAUGCUCUGACACACUCGGCAGUGGGGUAGCUGGGCGCAGACGGGCAUGCUCUGACACACUCGGCAGUGUGGUAGCUGGGCGCACAUGGGCAUGCUCUGACACUCGGCAGUGUGGUAGCUGGGCGCACAUGGGCAUGCUCUGACACACUCGGCAGUGGGGUAGCUGGGCACAGACGGGCAUGCUCUGACACACUCGGCAGUGUGGUGACUGGGCACACAUGGGCAUGCUCUGACACACUUGGCAGUGUGGUAGCUGGACACACAUGGGCAUGCUCUGACACUCGGCAGUGUGGUAGCUGGGUGCACAUGGGCAUGCUCUGACACACUCGGCAGUGUGGUAGCUGGGUGCAGACUGGCACUCUCUGACACACUCGGCAGUGUGGUAACUGGGCACAGACGGACACUCUGAAACACACUCGGCAGUGUGGUAACUGGGCACACAUGGGCACUCUGAAACACACUCAGCAGUGUGGUAGCUGGGCACACAUGGGCACUCUCUGAAACACACUUGGCAGUGUGGUAACUGGGCACACAUGGGCACUCUCUGAAACAUACUCAACACCGAGGCUGAAAAGCAUCGUGUUUAACCAUCUUAGCCCUCGGCCCCAGGCUGUGCCAAAGCCUCGAUGUAAGGGCGGGUGUGGACCUGAGAUCUCCACCCUCAGCCUGGAUCUUCUGCCACCAGUGCUUUGCAGUACACCUUCCCUGUUUGCUCGCCCCAACACCAGUCACUUGCUUCAAUGCAGACACAGACGUGGCAGGCUGGACUUGAGAGAGACUGAAGUUUCCUGUGUGACUCAUGAACAACAUGGGAUUUCAGGCAUCACUGGCUCCAUGAGUUUUGCCUUUAUAAGUUGAUGGUGGCUCCUACCCUUUAAGAUGUGAACAUAAA